AUGGGUCAGACAUUCAAUACACAUCAACACACACACACUGAUUCUAACACACCAGAAGAGAGGAGGGGAUUGUAAAUCCAGCUCUUUAAUAUAAAAUGUGGUCUGCUUAUUAAAUUCCUUUUUGAUCAUUUUAUGGAAGCUAUCAAAUAAGCAGCACACACUCUAAAAGAAAUGAGUGCAUGCCUAAAGGUUUUUCUUUAUUUGCUGGUUUGGGAUGAUAUUAGCCUUAUUAAAUGAGGAUCUUUCUAUAACACCUAGUGAUUGUAAUGUUUUGAAUUGCGGCCCACUAUACAGUAGGUCAAAGUCUUUUGUCCAUGAAUCCUUGUGGACAUAUAGCGCUGAAAAAUCAAGUCGAGCAGGAAACUCAGCACAGGUCUCCUCCCCUCCCUUUGCUUUCAAAUACCAAUACCUGAGGCACAACAAGGAAGAGAAUUCACAUUGUAAAUAGUCUUUCACUUGCACAACUACCACAUUUUCCUUCCUUUCAUUGCAGAUGGUUUGUCUUCGCUCUAUGAAAAAUGAGGACACGACAGUUCGUGGCUGCAUUUCUGGCUUUGGUUGGCCUGUGCGGGACCAUCCUGAUUUGUGCCUUGCCUAUGUGGAAAGUGUCGGCCUUUGUCGGAGCGAACAUUGUGACUGCACAGGUCUACUGGCAAGGCUUGUGGAUGAACUGCGUCUUGCAAAGCACUGGCCACAUGCAGUGCAUGGCGUAUUACUCUGUUCUGGCACUGACUCAAGAUCUCCAGGCCGCUCGUGGUUUGAUUUGUGCUUCUAUCGGUGUCAGUGCAAUUGCCUUUGGAAUGAUGGUUGUUGGGGCCAAUUGUACACGGUUUUACAGAGAAGAUCAACUUAAAAAGACCAACAUUGGAAUAUCAGCUGGCGCAUUGUAUAUAGUUGGAGGUGUAAUGUGCCUUGUUGCUGUCUGCUGGCAGACGUCUAUUAUUGUCAUGAACUUUUAUAAUCCUCAAGUAAUAGCAGGGACACAAGGAGAGCUGGGAGCCUGCAUCUAUAUAGGAUGGGUCGCUGGAUUUUUGCUAAUUAUUGGCGGUGGACUGCUUUUAAGCACAUACUCCAACCGAUGUUGUUGACCAGAUUUGGGGUUAAUAAGACUCAACUGACUCAGUUUGACGCCGGAUUGUUUCUAUUUUUCCUUGGAGGAUAAAAUGUUUUUUUCUGGAUCCCCCAAUUCUUCAGAGCUGUUUUUAAGACUGUCAAAUGUUUGUUUGUAAUACUGUGUAUCAGUACUUACUCAGGCCCGUAGCCAGCCUACUAAAAGUAAAUCUUUUUACAGUUAUUCAAGGUUUAAAUACUGUAUUUUUAAACACAUUUUAAGCACUAAUUUGUGCUGGAUUAGCUUGUUGGGUGGUUAUCAUUACCACAUUUUUCAUUACCACAUUUUUUGAUCCAACAAAAAUACUUCCUACAUUUUUAUCAAAGUGCUUAUAAUACUAUUUUUUUGUUUACAAAAAUGUAUGUUUAUUCACAAGUUGUAACAGUUUUAUAUGUAAUGUAUUGAGAUUAGAAUUUUUAGAAAUAUUGAAAAAUACUGAUUUUUAAAUGCUUAUUUAUUAUCAUCCAUCAUUAAAAACAAACAAAAAAACAAA